AUGUUAUGUUUACCAACAAAAAGUAAACUAGUUCGCGUAAUUCUACUUAACAACGACAAAACAAUCUUAGGCCGCUACUUGUUCAGAAAAUACGCCUCUAAAGGACCCAACGAAGAUACCAUUGCGAUCGGAAAUGUCGUUAAAAAACUAAACGAAAGCAAGCGCCCGGAGUACGUUCCGAGGAAAUACCAUUUCGAGAACAUCCCCCAGAGCAACUUGCACCAUUUGAAAUGGAUGCUGGAAAAGGACCUUCUGCAGCAGGACGUGUUCCUGCUGGGCCCGCCCGGCUCGAGGAAGCGCCGCUUGGCCAUGCAGUAUCUGGAAUUGAUCGGCGGCGAGCACGAGUACGUCGCCAUCAGCCGCGACACCACCGAAUCGGAUUUGAAACAGCGGAGGGAAAUCGUGGCCGGUACGGCGAAAUAUUUCGACCAGAGCGCCGUCCGAGCGGCCGUCGAAGGCAGAGUGCUCGUCCUGGAGGGCAUCGAAAAGGCCGAGAGGAACGUGUUGCCGGUGUUGAACAAUUUGCUGGAGAACAGGGAGAUGCAUUUGGAGGACGGGAGGAUGUUGAUUUCCCCGUCGAGAUACGACAGGCUGCUCGAGGAACACGGAGAAGAUCAACUGGACCAAUGGAAGUUAGUUAAAGUAGACGAAAAUUUCCGAGUGGUAGCCUUGGGUUUACCGGUUCCAAAAUACAGAGGUAAUCCUUUAGAUCCUCCGUUGAGGUCGAGAUUUCAAGUAAGAGAUGUAUACACUUACAAUUAUCAGGAAUGGUACGAUUUGCUACGACGAAUCGCCCCUGGCGCUCCCGUAGAAAAAUUAGAAAAAAUUCUAUCCUGCGCCUUUGCUCUAGUCAAUGAAGAAUUCACCUCUUUGGGCCAUCCGGAUUUCCCUUUGGAUAAUUUACCUUCGGCAGCCCUGAUUCUCGAGAAAAACCCCAGCCUGACGCCCUACGAAGUCAUCUACCAACUGUACCCCUACAAAACCUUCCUAAAAGAAGGCCUCAACGACUUGGAAGACAUGCUAAUCAAACUACAAGUAGAACCCCCUCAACAAGAUCACUCUCAAACGAAUUUCUCCGAUGAUAUUUCAAACGCGAAAUCAUCCUCGAAGUCGUUCGUAGAUCUACCAUAUCACCGGGAACUGAUCGAGAAAAUCACGAGUUCCAUCGAAAUAGGAGACGUGUGCAUCGUGGGUAGGAGAGGUUGCGGAAAAAACACCAUCGCGAAUAUGAUAGCGGAUAAAUCGAACAAACCGAUCGAGACCAUUCCGUUGUACCAGGACAUGACUUCGAGGGAUCUGAUCCAGCAACGGGUGACCCUGAGCAACGGCGAUACGGUUUGGAGGAAUUCGCCGUUGAUAGAAGCCGCUUUGGAAGGGAAAAUCACCGUUUUGGACGGUAUCGAUCGCAUUCAUCCCAGCACUUUGACUAUAUUAUACAGAUUGGUACAGGAUAGAGAAAUCCAAUUGCACGACGGGACGCGGCUGAUUAACCGGGAACGUUGCGAAUUUCUUCGAAACCAGUACGGUCUCGGUAAAACCGAAUUGGCCGAAAGGAAAGUGUUCGAAAUCCAUCCGGAUUUCAGGAUAAUAGCGAUAGGAGAGCCGUCGAACGCGAGAUCCGAUACGCCGAGUUGGUUAUCAUCCGAAAUGUUGAAUCUGUUCGUUUUCCACGAAAUGAGAAGCCUGACCAAGUCGGAGGAGAUGCACAUCGUUCGAUCCCUGGUCGGAACGAUAUCGAAGCCGCUACAGCAAGUGAUAGACUUGGCGCACGUGUUGAGAUCCAGCCCGGACGCGACGCUGCGCAGCCUCUCCGGCCACCUAUCGACGAGGAAAAUCCUGCAGAUCGCCGCGAAAAUGCGCAAAUACCCGAACGAAAACGUGCACGAAAUCGUAGAAUCGGCUUUCAUGAUCAAAUUUUUACCUACCCUCGCUCGAGAAGCGCUCGAAAAAACCAUUGCAAACAUCGGUAUAUUACCAAUGGAAGAAAGUCAUUCGAUCGUACGUUGCGAAAUCAUCGACGGACGUCUCACUAUAGGCGAGACAAUCUGCGACGUACGUCGCACCGAAAACUCCUCCAAAGUCCCCGACACUCUCUUCUACGACGUGCCCCAGCACGUGGCCCUCAUGGAGGAAAUGCUGCAGGAUUUCGAAUUGGGCUACCACUUGUUGCUGGUCGGCAAUCAAGGGGUAGGUAAAAACAAAAUAGUCGAUAGGUUCUUACAUCUGUUAAACCGGCCUAGGGAGUAUAUUCAAUUGCACAGGGACACCACCGUGCAAACGCUGACGGUUCAACCGACCAUCGUGGACGGUGUGCUGUUGCACGAGGAUUCCGCGUUGGUGAAGGCCGUGAAAAACGGCGACGUUUUGGUGAUCGACGAGGCCGAUAAGGCGCCCACGCACGUUACUUGCGUGCUCAAAACGCUGGUGGAAUCCGGCGAGAUGAUUUUGAGCGACGGUCGGAGGAUUGUCGAUGGUAGAGUGGCGAGAAUUGGGGAUUCUGAGAAGGUGAUCGUCGCCCAUCCGGAUUUUAGAUUGAUCGUGUUGGCUAAUAGACCCGGUUUUCCAUUUUUAGGUAACGAUUUUUUCGGGUCUUUGGGCGACCUGUUCGCCAGCCAUUCGGUGGAUAAUCCGUCCAGAUCGUCGGAAAUGGAUCUGCUGAAGCGUUACGGACCGGACGUCGACGAAGAUGCCAUCGGGAGACUUUUGGAUAUUUUCGGCGAUUUAAGGACGUUGUCGGAUCGCGGGAUCGUCAAUUAUCCGUAUUCCACCAGAGAACUUGUGAAUAUCGUGAAGCAUUUACAAAAAUUUCCCGAAUCCGACUUAGAAGAUGUGAUUUUCAACGUGUUCGAUUUCGAUCGAUACAAUCCUGAAAUGGUCGAAACGAUUGGAGAAAUAUUACUAAAACACGGUUUCUCCGAUAAGAAUAUUACUUCAUCCGAAUACGUCGCCAAGAAGCGCUCCAAAGAAUAUCUUAAAAUGGCUAUAAACAGAAAAAGCGGUUUGGAUGUGAAAGGACCAAAACACGGUAAAGACGAUCCGAAUAACGAACCUCACGUGGGAGGUAACACUUGGGCUGGGGGAACGGGAGGACGCGAUACGGCUGGUCUUGGAGGCAAAGGGGGACCCUAUAGAUUGGAUAAAGGACAUCAAGUGCAUCAGUUAUCGGACGAAGAAAAGAACUCCGUGCCCGAACACGUUCGAAAAGCGGCCAGGGAAAUGAACAGGAAACAUUUCCGGGAGAAACUGAAGGAAAUCGGAAUGAGCGGCUACGACGCUUCGGUCUACGCGCAAUUCUCCGACGCCGUGCGAAAUCAAGUGCGCUCGUUGAGAGUGAUUUUGGGCAAUUUGCAGAGCAAAAACGAGGAGAGGCAAUGGCACAGGCAUCAGACGUCCGGCGAAUUGGACGACGGGAAAUUAAUUGACGGUUUGCUCGGCGAAAAAUCGAUUUACAGACGUCGCACGGAGAAACAAAGCGAGUUGGGGGCCCCUCCGGCUAAACCGAAAUUAUUCCGAGUGGUCUCGGACGUUUCGGGCAGCAUGUACAGGUUCAAUUCGUUCGAUGGCCGUUUGGACAGACAGUUGGAGGCCGUCGUUUUGGUGAUGGAGGCCUUCGAGAAUCUACAGCAGAAAAUUCGAUACGAUAUUAUCGGCCAUUCGGGCGAAGAGUACAAUUUAUCGUUCGUAAAGAAGGAUGAUCCGCCUAAGAAUAAUAUGGAGAGAUUGAACGUCAUUAGGUUGAUGCACGCCCAUUCGCAAUUCUGCUGGUCGGGCGAUAAUACGCUAGAAUCCACCAAAUGGGCUAUAGAUAGUAUAAAAACGGAAGAUUACGAUGAAGCUAUUGUGAUCGUUUUGUCCGAUGCGAAUCUCCAGAGAUACGGGAUUCCCCCGUCCGAAUUGGCCAAAGCGAUGUCUUCGAGACCUGACGUCAGAUCGUACGCCAUUUUCAUUGGAAGUUUAGGAGAUCAAGCUGAAAGGUUAACAAAACAACUACCGGCUGGUCGAGCAUUUAUAUGCAACAACACGGCGGAAUUACCAAAAAUUUUGCAACAGAUUUUUUCCUCUUCUUUAAUUUAA